AUGGUCAGUUCCUCCUCCGCUGCACUCCUGGGCUAUCUAGCUCCAGCCUGUGUAGCUUUUCUCUUCUUCUGCGCUUGGGUCUUCAUCGGCGCCCGUCGUCGCCGCCGUCUCAGGAGCUACGGCUACGACGACAUUGAAACCGCGCAGCUAGGCUCCUGCAGCGCCACGAUCUCACAAGAUGCUGUGAAUAUGCGAUUCCCGAACGUGGUGUAUAAGAAGUGGUAUGAUCAGCAACAGGAAGUGAUAGUGCAGGAUAGUUUGGGUAGCGUGGAGUCUCCUCCUCCUCCUGCUGCUAUUGCAGUUUCGCCCUCUCCAGCAUCUUCGACAGACCGUGAUGAAGACACUACACAUCCAGAUCCAAAUCCAGAUCCACAACCCUCCCCUCACAUAGAUACACCUACACACCCCGAAAAACUCCAAAACCCAACCAUCCAACCCCAAGAACAACCCCCCACCCCCACCCCAACCAACGAAGAUGACCCAACCAUCAUGUGCGCAAUCUGCAUGGAACAAUAUACUCCCGACGACCACAUCCGCGUCCUCACCUGUCAGCAUAUCUUCCACUCGAAGUGUUUGGAUCCCUGGUUUACCCAGUUACGGGCUUGUUGUCCGUUGUGUAAGAUGAGUUUUUGUCAGGAGAGGAGGAGUGGCUUGGAGAGGUUGUUUUCGCGUCGGACGAGGGAUGCGGGUGUGCGUGUGGGUGAGGGUGGAGGUGGGAAUGGGAAUGCGAGGGUGGUUUCGGUGUCGGUGCCCGAGGCGGCGGUUGCGUCGGUUGGGUUUGUUUGCUGUUUUUCGGAGUAUGGGCUGGAUGCUGCUUGA